GGGCUUCUCCUGGGUCCCCAGACAGCUGGAGGAGAUAAACAGUGGAGGAGGAGGGAGGGGAGUGCGUGUGUGAGAGCGCGCGAGGGAGUGUGAGUGUGUGUGAGCGCGGGUGUGAGGCGGUGCGCAGGGGCGGGCGGAGGCGCUGUCCGGCCCCGGCCAGGCGCGGGGCGGGGAGCAUGGGAAGGGGCUAGAGCUGCCUGGGCCCCUCAGCCCCCUUCCCGGGAUCGCGCCCCCACUCCCGGGAGAGGGGCCGGACCCCUGCCGGACGGACAUGGGCUCCUGAAGUUGCGCUGCUGCUGGUUCGGAGAAGAGACCUGACAGAUAGCUAAAUGUGUGUCUUGUGGACCUGGGCUUGGCUGGAAUGCUCAAGGGUCCUGAAGAUUCUUCUGUAAUUUCCUUCUGUUGAAUCCGUUAAGAGAAGAUGGCAAAAGUUAACAUAACUAGAGACCUCAUUCGCAGGCAGGUCAAGGAACGGGGUGCUCUGAGCUUUGAGCGGCGCUACCAUGUCACUGACCCCUUCAUCCGACGGCUAGGCCUGGAAGCAGAGCUGCAGGGUCAUUCAGGCUGUGUCAACUGUUUGGAAUGGAAUGAGAAAGGAGACCUGCUGGCCUCCGGCUCUGAUGACCAGCACACCAUUGUGUGGGACCCACUGCACCACAAGAAGCUGCUCUCCAUGCACACGGGACACACGGCCAACAUCUUCUCUGUCAAGUUCCUGCCUCAUGCUGGAGACCGCAUCUUGAUCACAGGGGCAGCUGACUCCAAAGUGCAUGUCCAUGACCUCACUGUAAAGGAGACCAUCCACAUGUUUGGAGACCACACAAACCGGGUGAAACGCAUUGCCACGGCCCCCAUGUGGCCCAACACAUUCUGGAGUGCUGCUGAGGAUGGACUGAUCCGCCAGUAUGACCUUCGGGAGAACAGCAAACACUCAGAGGUGCUGAUUGACCUGACCGAGUACUGCGGCCAGCUGGUAGAGGCCAAGUGCCUCACGGUCAACCCCCAGGACAACAACUGCCUCGCCGUCGGGGCCAGCGGGCCCUUCGUGAGGCUCUACGACAUCCGCAUGAUCCAUAACCACAGAAAGAGCAUGAAGCAGAGCCCCUCAGCGGGCGUGCACACCUUCUGUGACCGGCAGAAGCCCCUUCCGGAUGGUGCGGCCCAGUAUUACGUGGCAGGUCAUCUGCCAGUGAAGCUGCCCGACUACAAUAACCGUCUGAGAGUACUGGUCGCCACCUAUGUGACCUUCAGCCCCAACGGCACAGAGCUGCUAGUCAACAUGGGCGGGGAGCAGGUCUAUUUGUUUGACUUGACUUACAAGCAGCGGCCAUACACCUUCCUCUUGCCCAGAAAAUGCCAUUCCUCAGGAGAAGUUCAGAAUGGCAAGAUGUCCACCAAUGGAGUGUCCAAUGGUGUGUCCAACGGCCUGCACCUUCACAGUAAUGGCUUUCGGUUGCCGGAGAGUAAAGGAAAUGUCAGCCCCCAAGUAGAACUGCCUCCUUAUCUGGAGCGAGUGAAGCAACAGGCCAAUGAGGCAUUUGCCUGUCAGCAAUGGACCCAGGCCAUUCAGCUCUACAGCAAGGCUGUGCAGAGGGCUCCCCACAAUGCCAUGCUCUACGGAAACCGAGCUGCCGCCUACAUGAAACGCAAGUGGGAUGGUGACCAUUAUGAUGCUCUGAGAGACUGCCUCAAGGCCAUCUCCCUAAACCCAUGCCACCUGAAGGCACACUUCCGCCUGGCCCGCUGUCUCUUUGAGCUCAAGUAUGUGGCCGAGGCCCUGGAGUGCCUGGAUGACUUCAAAGGGAAGUUCCCAGAACAGGCCCAUAGCAGCGCUUGUGAUGCCUUGGGCCGCGACAUCACGGCUGCCCUCUUCUCCAAGAAUGAUGGUGAGGAAAAGAAGGGAGCUGGUGGCGGCCCCGUCCGCCUCCGCAGCUCAAGCCGCAAGGACUCCAUCUCCGAGGAUGAGAUGGUGCUGCGGGAGAGAAGCUAUGACUACCAGUUCCGCUACUGUGGCCACUGCAACACCACCACGGACAUCAAGGAGGCCAAUUUCUUCGGCAGUAAUGCUCAGUACAUCGUCAGUGGCUCUGAUGACGGCUCCUUCUUCAUCUGGGAAAAGGAGACCACCAACCUAGUCCGCGUGCUCCAGGGGGAUGAGUCCAUUGUCAACUGCCUGCAGCCACACCCGAGCUACUGCUUCCUGGCCACCAGCGGCAUCGACCCUGUUGUCCGGCUCUGGAAUCCCCGACCAGAGAGCGAAGACCUCACGGGCCGCGUGGUGGAGGACAUGGAGGGCGCCUCUCAGGCCAACCAGCGGCGCAUGAACGCAGACCCUCUGGAGGUGAUGCUGCUCAACAUGGGCUACCGGAUCACAGGCCUCAGCAGCGGGGGCGCUGGGGCCUCUGACGAUGAGGACAGCUCAGAGGGUCAGGUGCAGUGCCGGCCCAGCUAGACGCUCCUGACCCCACUCCCCAGGCCUGCUACUGACUGUGCCCUGUGCCCUGGGCAUGAGGUCAGGGGAUCUCGUUUUGGUUUGUCUCCCUUCCCCCUUCCCCACGCCCCCACCAUUUUUUUCCCUUCCUUUCCCCUAUUUUGUUUUGUUAGUUUGGCACUGGGGGUGGGGGUGCUACAACUUGCCGGCUUUCAGACUCUUGGGUUGAUUGUGCCUGAACUGUCCCCAGCUCUGAGCAAAAGAGCGGGAGGGGAUGCCCCUCCAGAAACCCCCCAUCUCCUGCUCCCACCUCCCUGGAGGGCUCUGGCCGGCCUCCGACCCCUUCUGCCUCAGGUGGCAAGGGCUGGAGCUGCCUUCCAAACUGCCCUGGCUUCCAGUUGCAAGCAGGAAAGGGCAUGGAAUUCCCAGUGGGUAAGGGCUAGCCCUGGCCUGUGGUGCCUGCUGCCCUCUGUGGUCUCCAGGGAAGGUUUGGACAAAGGAUGAGCUCCAACCCUCCCUCCUGAGCCUCAGCGUUGGACCCAAGCAUGGGGAAGAAGGGAGCCCGGGUCUGGAGCCUGUUCUGCCUGACCACCUCCUGGGGCUUUGUCCUUCCUAUGGGCCCUGGCAGAGAGUGGGGCAUCGCACCACACCCAGCCCACCAGUGCCAGCCCUUCCACACGCGGGCAGCCCCUCUCCUCCUGGGCGCUCCUCGGCCUCACUGUGACCUUUCUGCCGGAGCUCCCAGUCGGGCCCUCUGCUGAGGUGGCACUUCCUGCCAAGGGCCCGCUCUGCCCUUUCUGCCCUCCUUCCCACCCCACACGCUGAGCUGAGCCUGAGCCGCCACAAAGACCAAAGAAGUGAUGGCUUUUCUCAGCCCCCUGCUGCUCUGGGGGGAGGGGGGUGGCAGACAGGCAAGUUCCUGGCCCAACCUUCCCUGCUCAGCAGCCCAAGCUUUACACUGGACAACGCAGCAGCCCCACCGCGCACCAAGCCGCUCGCAGGCCCCUUGGCUCUGCGUUCCCAGCUGCUCCGGGAGCCGGGCCUGCCUGCCUCGGCUCUCCCACCCCUCCGUGCUUACUUGGCUCCAGCCCUCCAGCUGCAGCCUCUGGGGAGAAGCAGCCUCCCUUCUUCCCUCCCACCUCCCCCACCCGCCCUCCUCUCCUUCCUCCGCCCGGUCUCUGCCAGGUGCCUCCUCUCAGUCAGGCUUCAGAGCGGCCCUGGAGACAGGAGGGCCAUGUUAAAAGCUUUUUCACAGUUUUAAGAAGACAAGGGGGGUGAGGAGACUGGUGGGGGGUCUGGCUCCAUCUCAUUGCUUUAAUCCCAGCCACACAGGUGGCAGCUUCCCCCUCUCUCUCCCCACCCCAGUCCCUCUUGCCACCCCUCUCCUCUCCCCUCUAGCUUGGUAAUGAAGUAUAUUUAUUGGUGAAGGAAACAGCUGCUGCUGCUUCUCCUGCUGCUGGGACUCACUCCCCAUCUCUUCUCCACGACCUUUUUCUCUCUGGGGGGGAAGGGGAGCAGAAAUAUUGGGGCUGGGGGCCAAGGAUGGCCAGGGCCCUUAGCUUACUGUGUUCAGCGCCACCACCAUUGCUGCCACCGCCGCCAUUUCCUCCCUCCUCCCCAUGCCACCCGCUGCCCGUCCCCUGCCUGCCCAGCCUGGGCCCUGCAGUGUGGAGAGACACUUAAGCCUUACUGUCCUCCGGGGCAGGAGCUGAGCCUUUUUUUUUUUUUUUUUGCUCCGCUCCCAGGAAAGUGAGGGUGAUGCAAUUGAUUAAAAUCAUUUUGUUCUA